CUAAUCACGAAUUUUUAUAGUAAAAAGAAAAGAAAGAUUAAGUGGUUAAUGCGCCCCGUUGUUAUUUCUACUCUUUAUAAAAUUUAUUAAAGAUACGCGCAGAAAGAAAACUGAAAAAGCUAACCGCGUAAUAUGCUCAAGCUGCAUGGACCUCUGACAUGUCACAUGAAUCACAAACACAGGGUGUACCAGAUAUAAGUACACAUACAUUCAGUUCAUGAAAUAAAGGCAGUUAAAUAAAGUAACUACUACAUACUUCAGAAUUGGAACUUCGUGAAUUAGCGUAUAUUCGAAGGUGUUCAAAAUGUUCCGUAAACAAACACAUGGAGAUUCAAAACACGUUUAAUAUUCUGUGUUAUGAUGUGUAUGCAUUAUUUUUGUUAGACACUGUACAUAAAUUAAUGGCGCAUGAUCUGUGCAGCAUUUUGUGUCAAUAAACAAGUGCAUCGAAUUUUAAACAAAAAUACAUUUUCAAGAUCUUUGGAUGCAGUAAAUUAUGAGCUGGUUUUAAUGUUACGAGGAAUGUCACUUGAUUAUACGCGGGCGGAUUACGACGGAAGGGACACGUCUGUUAGCCAUAACAGCUGGUACCUGUCGAGACUCGAGCCAAGUACUUCUUGGCUGAGGGCAAAGUGGUGUGCUCAGUAGACUCUAGGCCAGUGCCAGAUCCAACAUAUUAAAACCAAAUUACGUCGGGUAGAGAGAUUGUAUGUCUGGACUGAGAACUUCGACUCAAGAUUCGACAAAAUCACGGAAGUUUGAAGUAGAAAUUUAAUUUGUGCCAGACAUGAAGGACGUCUGUUCCCUGAAGGGCAUUAAUUCCUUUUUUAUUUUGCUUUCUUGUACCUGCAUUCCUUCUUUAUUUCAUUACCUGCUCAGAGCUUUUCUAUCUUUCUGCAUGAUCAAGUUCGCGUCUCUUAAUCCCAUGAGACUAUCCUCAUCUUAGUCGGUGUCCCUUUUAUAACAUUACUCAAUAAUAUAAACAUAAUUUAACACAUUUCUGCACACAAGGAAGCCAUUCCACGUGUAGGAAGUUUGUUUCUGUGCAAAUAUUUACAAAAUUGUUUUAUUUUUCCAGCCCUAAAGAUGGAGGCAACAUGUUCCUCCGAAACGCCAGUAUGUUGCUACGAGUCUACACGGAGUUACAGCUUAGAAGACAAAGAGAAUUCUAUGGCGAUUGCCCUCAUGAUAGAAGCACCUCUGAAACUGUGGUCAAUUUCUACCAGAACAUAAGUCACCUUGUUCAGUGUUUUCUGUUCCGCUGAAUAAAACAAAUGAGAAAAGUGCCUUUACAGACUUUGUCUCCCAUCCCCCUGCAGUGCAACAUAUUCAUCUUGGAUAUUCAUUUUGGAACAAGCAAUUGAGACAGAGGGAGAGAAAGAAGCAGGUAACGGAAAUACCGCGCAGAGAGAAAUAAAGACUGCUGUAGGGAGGGCAGCCUAGGUACAAGGGAAGCUGUAGUAGAUCCUGGCGCUCGUGUAAGCUUCCAACUAGUACACAUACACCAGCAGAACGAUCGAUGGGCACAGAAUUCGCGAGAACCCGGUAAAAUCCGACGCCAUUCGUGAUUCUGGCUGCGAGGUAUAUAGCAUCACCCCUGCACUCGGCUGGAACUCGCUUGCCUCUCAGUCCAACCCUGGUCGCGCGACGGGACGGCCUUUAAACAUUUACCCUCCGUCCCCCGGGUCUGGCAUCAAACACCACCCUCCGUCGUCAUCGCCGCGGUGUCGCUCCUUCGACGGCCGAAGAACUUUAGUCGGUGGCCCCGAUCGUCGGAUUUCAGGAGCGGGACAAGAAAAUUGCAACUGGGUCAACCUGGCGUUGGGUUCGUUACUACCACUACCAUUUCUUGUUUUAAUAGAGACCUCCGCUUCCAGCAAGGGCAAGGGUAGGGGAUUAUGGAACUGAGUUCCUGUGCAAGUAAACAAGAAGACAGUUAAGGACAGUGUACAGUGAAAACUCAGUUGUGGUUGACGUGUCUGAACACCGCCGUGUUAUUACAGUGAGAACCGCACUGGCUGACCUGAACCAUAAAUGAUGUUGAAAGGUGUAUCAAAACUGUGACAACGAUAUUGAUUAGAACUAUCGCAACAUCCGGUCCUUGCAAACAGAUCAAAAGAAUCUUUCGAAUUCCGUGCUCUUCUUUUUGUAAUUUUCUUCGAUUAUCAAAUCAGAGAUACGAACAUGAAAUUACUGAAACUGGGUAGUAAUGCCAACUCUUGCGUGUCAAUAUAACACAAUUAAUAAUAGCCGUAGCAACAAAUGCGGAACACGCAAAUUCCAAAUAACACAUUCCUGUUGUUGAUUUAACUCCGUUGCUAUGUUUCUUCAUUGUCUAUUUAUUUCAUGAUAUUUUAAGAAAUUAUCUAAAGUAAGAGAAGUGAAAACAAAACAUUACAUGUAGAAUGGAGAUGUAUGAAAAUCAGAUUAAAGAACACCGUAAUAAAAAAUUUCCUCGCACAUAUUUAUUAGUGAGGGAGAGUUCGACGUGCGCAGUGUCAGGUAAAUGUCGAGUGAGCUCGAUCUGAGUUCAGCGACUUUUUACGCCAAUAGCAGCAAACAGCUUCAUUGGUAGUAUCGCACAAAACCGUGGGUGUUCAAUUAAAGUGUAAAAGUCGAUCAAACGGAAAUACAGCGCAAAAUUUCGGCCGUCGAUGCGUUACAGUAGGCGUGGAUAAAAGGCACGCGAUAUUCACAUUCCAUUAGGUAUAGGUCAAAUAGCUCCGAAUUUUUACGUGCACAUAAAACAAUAAAGCAUUAAUUAUGUCUUAGUUUUAUUGUUAUCAGUUUUUCUUAAUUUUCUUUUGGAAUAUAACCAUAAAUAAGUUCGUUUAAAUUAUUUUAACACCAGUUAAAAUUUACUUUAUUCAACCUAUUUUAGAUGUGAAAGAAUUGCAUUAUGAAAUAAGAUAUUUUAAGUUCCUACGUUAUAAUUUAAAUGACCCAAUUGGGUGCUUUGUUAUAGCAACUUUAAAGUAAUAAAGUCACAGGAAGAGCUUUGGAACAAUUAUAAAUCUAUUGUAUUACAAUUAAGACUUCUGACUUCACAAAGUAGAUAUUACAAACAUGCCAGAUUCAAGUGUCAGUGUAGAAUUCUACAAACAGUGACAACCGACGGCUUUAUGUGCGCGGUAAUAAACACAGAAAUAUAAACUCACGGAUCACCACGACACACUCCGGACAUGUCUACCACGAACUGUCUCCUCGUUAACUCUAAUAGAUGACCGAUGUCAGUGGGCAGUGGACAGUGGACGUGCAGUGGAAGCCAACUCAAACAAGAGGCUCAUGAAGACACUUCAGCUUGGCUUCGUUACGUUCUUGCAGACUAGUUGCAGUCUUACGCUGCGAAUUCUCAACAAGUGAAGUAACCAUGGUAAUGAUGCGGAUAAACGUGAUUUUUGCGUGAGAGGCUGUGGACUUACUCAUCGCCAAAGACGAAGGGGGCAGCACCGCAGCUACGGGCAUAGUUCGGGCACGUCACUUCCUGAAGGUGCAAGAGGCCAUGGAGCGGCAGCUGAGGAGGAAUCUGUCCCUAGUGCUGAUAGCAGUGCUCCUGACUCCGAUAGCCGUCCCUGCAUGUCGCAUUUCAGAGUUCCCGUGCAGAAACGGCCGCUGCAUCAGGCUGGACCGAUACUGUGACGGAGUCGACGAUUGCAGAGAUAAAUCAGACGAACCACGCUACUGCACCGUGUGCAACAGAACUUACUAUGGGGACGUGGGUAAGACGUACGAGUUGGAACUGCACAAACCACGCGAGGACCGCCUGCCCUUCCUCUGCCAGCUCACCUUCAUGGCGAACGGCCACAGCCACGGGGAACUCGUUCAGUUGAUAUUCGACGCCUUCAACGUGGGUCGGUACGAAGCGGUAGCCCUGGAUGGCUGCCCUGACGGCUACAUGCAGCUGUCAGAGAUGGGGCGCCCGUACACGGGAGGUUCGUGGUGUGGAUCUUCCACAGGCUACGCCGUCUACUACAGCGAGACAAGCACAGUGACCGUUUCAGUCAAACUCUUCCAUUCUCCACUGCACGCAGCCAGCCCUUUUGAGUUCCAACUCCGCUACAAAUUUGUUAGUCACGACGAGGCAGUAGUUCGUUUCGGAAGUGUCGGUGCCCCUUUGGAGAGAGGCGAAGUCGUACCCGGGACCUACUGUUCCCGUAAUUACUACGAGUGUUACCGGAAACGCUGCAGGCUUCAAUCACCAAACUAUCCCGGGAUGUAUCCGAGGAAUGUCACUUGUUACUUAACUCUACGCCAGAAGACGAUACCGAACUGCAAGCACGCCAUGAUUGCUGUCAGGCAAGACAGCGAGCACAAGAUGCAGAUCAAGAGGGCGGUGACCAUGGCGAGCCUCAACAAGACCGGCAGAGCUUUGCGUGCGUGGAGAGACUGCACGGGCGAGAGGGAUCAUCUCAUCUUCUACGACGGAUCCAGUACUGAUGAUCCAGUCCUCGUCAAGUUCUGCGGGGGUGACUGGCUGCCCAGGGUGGUGUCAAGAGGUCCGGAGAUGCUGGUGGCUUUCCAUUCCUCGCCGUUCAGCAUCCCGCUUCAUUCAUCGACUGCCCCGUCUCCUCUCAGAGGAUUCGAACUCGACGUGGACGUCGUGUUUUCUGACUCGGACUCACUUGACUAUUCAAGAGAACCACGCAGUUGCGAGUUUUGGGUGAAUGCCAGCAACCCCGACAGCGAGGACUGGAUGUUGCGGCCGAAAGGUCGGGCGGGCAACGUCCUGAGUCCGCGACACACACUCCCUCCCAACACCACCUGCACCUACCGCUUCCGAGGAAGUGCUGGCGACCUUGUCUGGCUGUACUUCGUCUCGUACUCACACCAACCGUUGCUGACGACCAACAGCGACCCCACAGCCACUUCCGCUCCCCCCGGCCAAAACUCUCCGACUUCCACAAGCAACCAGAGCGCCAACGUCACGCACACGUGUUCCACACGUCUCAGAAUAUGGGACGGCGGUGGGACAGAGUCAGACGUAUUGCUGGCCGAUCACUGCGACGCGGACCCUCCGCGACUGUGCGACCACACUUCGCUCAGCAAUGUCACUCGGGUCACGCGUCCCUGCAGCCGCUUCGAGAGCUACGUCUCCACGGGGCCUGACCUCACAAUGCGACACUACUCGGAGGACGGCACAGCGCUGCACCCUGCCACAUUCCGCCUCAAAUACGAGUUCGUAGACACUCGCAUGGGCGGUGAGCCUUGGUCGGGGCGGAAGGGGGAGGAACCGCCACCCCAGCCGUGUAGCCGAGUGUUCCGGAAGACACGAGGCGGCGAGUUUUCGUCUCCGAGAAAUGUUUUUCUCUUCGGGCGAGGGGGCGCUAGAAACCUGUCAUGUGUGUACCGAUUAGAGGCAGGGACUGGCGAGAAAGUCCGGCUCACGCUUCACAACGCGUCUUUUGGCGAGUCGUUGUCAUGCGUGACGGAGUCCGACCCACACACGGGGCGCCCGAAAUGUGCUUCGGUCACUCCGCCCCCUGGAGAAGAGAAACGCGUUUCGCAACUCAGAAUCCUAGAGGUUCCAUGGCGCGACGUCAAGGUCUCCCGUGCGUGUCUGUGUGACAACUCCACGCUCUCGGCUUCUGGUUCGCGUCACCUUGUCUUCAUCUCCUCCACCCGGAUCAUAGAGCUACACUUCACCGUGACGCGGCUCAAUAUCACGGAAGACUUCGCCGAUCUCUACUUUCACGCGUCGUUCGAGACAGUCAGGGCCCCGGAAUGUCCGAGGAAGCAGAGACUGCGUGGAUCAGGAGGGGAGAUCGAGUUCGUGAGUCCGCCUCACUCCAGGUUGGAUGUCUACUGCGAGGGACUGCCGUGGCUUGUGGAGGCACACGAGAACAGAAGCCUCUUCCUGCUCACUUGGGGCACCUUCCUGCCACUGGAGCCAUCGCCCGACGACCCCGCCAGAUGUCACACUACGAACAGGGUGUUACUGUACUCGGGACGACCAGCCAAGUUACUCCGAGUGGUCUGUCCGGCCUCUCCCAACGCCAGACAGUACGCCGUACACGUCUUCUCCGAGGAGUGGUUCAGUGCAGGAACCAUGGGAGAAGACACGCCAACAACAAGCAACAGUGGGACCUCUGUAGAAGGAAGUAGAGCCUUCUAUUUGAGGUCUCCUCGACCACCAAGUUUCCUCGUAGAAUUCGUCGGCCGCGAACCAGGCGUCGCAGCCCUCAACUGGUUGGAAAUCUCGCGUUCCAGAUCAUCUCUGCUUCAACAGCUUCAGAUAGAUUACGUCGGAAGCGACAACGACUCCAUGACGUCGUCACUUCCCGCCGACUGGGACUGCCCACAUCGGUGUCCAGAGCUAAACGCCUGCAUCAGUGCUAGUCUGUGGUGUGACGGUCGCUCGAACUGUCCGUCAGGGUUUGACGAGGACGAGUCACAUUGUGCUGCAGGCAGAAGUUUAUUCGCGUAUUUACCAGGUGGGAUAUACACAGCGCUAGGGGUAGGGGCGGCGAGUGUCGCCGCAUUGACGAUUUUCCUGUGUGUGGCAGCAGUUCAUCGGAUACGAACUCAGAAGAAGAGGAGGAGGAGGUUGGGUAAAAAGAAGCGAAAUCGUGGGGGCGUGGACGUCGGACCACGACGCGUCCCCACAGAGGAGAUGCUACUUGAUCCGUCAGGAUCAACGACAUCUUCCUGACAACCGGCUCAGUCAGUGGAGUUUAUACACGUGGACAGGGAAACCACGGUGUGACACUGCCAACAACAGCUCUGGGUUCGGAUAUCAUGCAUGCAGACUAUUACAGACUGGUAACACCGGUGCUUCGAGGUGGGACGAUCCGUUUACCAGGGUAACGACAAUGAGUUGCGCACUGUAGUGUUCUCAUUUAAAAGUAAUAUAUUUGUAAUGACUCUCGAGUACUGCAUAUGAAAAUAUUAAACUAUUAACAACUAGUUUUUUAUAUUAAAACAGCGGUAAAAUUGUCACUGUGCUUAAACAACACAACACAAAGAUGCACGUGGGAAUGGAGGCGAAACUCCAGGUAUUCUUAAAUUAGUGAGAUUUCAAGUUCUCACGGCUACGAAGCUGAGUGUCUUCUGUUGUGAUGAGCUGUGUCGUCUGUUAGAAGUUUACCGACGUUUCAGAGGCGUUUGCUGCCUCCAACAUCACAGCAAUUACGUACCAUGUAUGUUACUGGUAACAGCACAUGUGAGACUACACGGAGUCGGUAUCAAGAAGACCGCAACAUCUGCAUUUUGUUACUUUGAUAAUUCUUGAUUCGUUACCUAACUAGAUCAAAAGGACAGGACAAUAAGUUCUUCAGAAAUGUCGGUAAUCUUUGUCAUAUCUGCGCGGUGCCUUGCACAGAACGCUCUGCGAUGAAUAACACCACCAUUAAAAUUUCAUGCUUCAUCAGUUCCAUUCAGGAGGCUGAAAACAUUCUCUAGACUUAAGGAGUCUUGCGUCACUGCCUUCGAGGUACGGUGUUACCAGUCUCUCAUCCUCCUACUUAGGCCAUAGUUAAGAGUCUCUGUGUAUAUAUUCUAACCCAAAUGAGCUCAGCAAACGUUAGAUAUGACAUGCUCAAAUAAAUUUAUUCUUAUUUUACCAUACGUAACCAGUGAGAACCAUAAUGUUUUGAGAUUGUACUCUUCUGAAAGAGAGUGAGAGAGAGGGAAAAAAGAAAUGUUUGACAUGGUGAAUGUGAAAUGUGUUCAGGUUAGGUUGUAAAGUGGAUCUUAAGAGUUUGUUGUGCGUGGUUUUGAUAGUCUGCAGCGGAAGGGAGGUUAGUAAGAAACUUAAAAGUUAUAAAUUAUCUUCCUUCCACUCGAAUUAACAACACCCAUUCAUUUGCCCCUGCAAAUUAAAGAUUGUUAAUCAACUGAUACUAAAAUUGUUUUCCUUAUAUUAAGACUCUAUAGCACAACUUAAUCUCUCAGCGAUACGAGAUUAGGAUUAGUUUCAAAAUUAGUAGAAUAUGAAUUAAUAUAAUAUGAAAAAUAUUUUAGGGUGCUUAACAAUUUCGUUAUUAAGCACACGUUUGCUUAAUAUAAAUUUCAAAAUCAUAUUCGGCUCCUAAGCACAAAUUUUAGUAUGGCAUCUCCAACGGUAAAUUUGAAGAGAUUUUCUAUUGCUUUAGUGGUACAUUGCUUAGUGAUAGAAAAUGGAAUAAAGUGAAAUGUCAGAGCGGCUGAUUAGAUAUAAAUUAGCCCGAAAAUGGCGAAUCCUCAAAAUAACCACGCCUCUUCCCACUCAAAAUUAAGGGAAGUAUGCCGCCUCCACAUUUGUUUCAUGAAAACAAAAAAGUGCGUAUUUAAUUUGAACUCAUACUGUUAUAAAUAAGAUCCAAUGCACUAAAACGCUGAAAGUAGGAUAUUAUUGUAUCAGACGUAUGACUUGUCUUUGGAAACAGCGGUCAGUGCCAACUUUAGAAAAAGGAAAACCCUUAAGGUUUUGCGUUUCUACAGUUAUAUUAUUAUAGACCAGCGAAAUCGAUUUCUAAGUUUAAACUGAGAGGUAGAUGGUAGGCGCCGCUGAGUCUGACAAAAGGUUUCAAAUGUCGUUAGUGGGAUUGUAUAUACACGAAGAAUUCGGACGAUUAUACUCGUGUCAGAUGUUUGAAUUCUGAUAUCUCACAAAGGUUACAUAUUUAUAUACACAAGACACACUAACUCUUGCCCUCAGGUACUCGCGGCUGGAGUUCAAAGUAUGACUUCGGCUUUCGGGGAUAAUCUUGAAGAGGGUAGCUGCAACUUUUAUCGAAACGUUGGAUGACCUUCAAAACCUCAUGCAAGUAAUCCCCGAAAGUCGGAAUUAUACACAACAAAGUACUAACUCCGUGCAGCUCAGUCCUUCUUGAGAGACAAGUAGUCACUCAGGUAAUUGAAAGUUCCCCGCCUCUCAUUACCGUGUUCACAAGAUCCAGCACAAAAUGA